AUGUUGUCGCGUGGCUCUGCUAGAUCGGCGCAGCUCCUGCGCAGCGCUGCUGGUCAGCACCAGUUCGCUCGAUCCUUCGCGACCGUCCAGUCCGACAUCUUCAAGCCCGCCAAGUUUGGUGGCAAGUACACCGUUACCCUCAUCCCCGGUGACGGUAUCGGUGCCGAGGUCGCCGAGUCCGUCAAGACCAUCUUCAAGGCCGACAACGUCCCCGUCGAGUGGGAGCAGAUCGAGGUGUCCGGUAUCAUUGAUGGCGCUGGUCGCACCGAAGAUGCUUUCCGCGAGUCCGUCGCGUCGCUGAAGCGCAACAAGCUCGGCCUCAAGGGCAUCCUGCACACCCCCAUCAGCCGAUCCGGCCACCAGAGCUUCAACGUCGCCAUGCGACAGGAGCUCGACAUCUACGCCUCCAUCAGCUUGAUCAAGAACAUCCCCGGUUACGAGACCCGCCACAAAGACGUCGAUCUGUGCAUCAUCCGUGAGAACACCGAGGGCGAGUACUCUGGCCUUGAGCACCAGAGUGUUCCCGGAGUCGUUGAGUCUCUCAAGAUCAUCACCCGUGCCAAGUCUGAGCGAAUUGCCAAGUUUGCCUUUUCCUUUGCUCUGGCCAAUGGCCGCUCCAAGGUUACUUGCAUCCACAAGGCCAACAUUAUGAAGCUUGCCGAUGGUCUCUUCCGCAGCACCUUCCACAACGUUGCCAAGGAGUAUCCCACGCUCGAGGUCAACGACAUGAUUGUCGACAAUGCCUCCAUGCAGGCUGUUUCUCGCCCUCAGCAGUUCGACGUCAUGGUCAUGCCUAACCUGUACGGUGGUAUUCUGUCCAACAUUGGUGCCGCCCUUGUCGGUGGUCCUGGUAUUGUUCCUGGCUGCAACAUGGGCCGCGAUGUUGCUGUCUUCGAGCCUGGUUGCCGACACGUCGGUCUUGAUAUCAAGGGCAAGGACCAGGCCAACCCUACUGCUUUGAUUCUGUCUGGUAGCAUGUUGCUGCGUCACCUUGGCCUUGACGACCACGCCAACCGCAUUUCCAAGGCUAUCUACGCCGUUAUUGCCGAGGGCAAGGUCCGCACCCGCGACAUGGGCGGUGAAUCCACCACCCACGAGUUCACCAGGGCCAUCCUCGACAAGAUGGAGACCCUUUAA